CUCUCUUUCUUAUAUUCGUCACUGUCACUUCAAUUUACUCUGUUUUGGCUUGCCUGCCUGCUUAUAGUUAUACUGUCCUUUCCUCUGUACGUUUAAAGGGCGAGAAUAGUUAUAGUUUUAGUCGCCACUAAGAGGGGAAUAAUAAAAAUGACUGAGCUGCAAAAUACAGAAACAGAGUGUUGUUCCAACUCGUUUCGUUGGGAUUCAUCUCCUGGGUCAACUCAUUCACCUCCUAACUCGGGCCCAAGCUCAACCACAACUCUAAAUGGUCAACCCGAAACCACCACGGAUUGUAGUAAAAAGAUGAAGCGAAUGAGGGGGGAAUCAAGCGAGCAACCAGUUUACCGUGGCGUCCGAAUGAGAACCUGGGGCAAAUGGGUGUCCGAAAUCCGUGAGCCGCGCAAAAAAUCCCGCAUUUGGCUCGGUACUUUCCGUACCCCGGAAAUGGCCGCUCGCGCACACGACGUAGCCGCUUUGAGCAUCAAAGGCGACACGGCGAUUCUCAACUUCCCUGAACUCUCUAACUCAUUACCUCGACCAGUGUCUUUAGCACCCCGUGACGUGCAAGCUGCGGCAGCCAAAGCUGCCCAAAUGGGAAACUUGGACUCUCCAUCACCAUCCAUCGCAUCAUCUUCGAAUUCCUCAUUGUCAUCGUCGCCAGCCCUAUCCUCUUUGGUUUCUCAUCCGGACUUAUCUUCAGGGUCGGACGAGUUGAGCGAGAUAGUGCAGCUUCCGAGUCUAGGGGCAAGUUACGACUCGGUUGAGUUGGGGAAUGAGUUCGUAUUCAUGGACUCAAUGGACAGAUGGGUUUAUGCUUCACCUUGGCUUGAAAGCAUGGAAGAUUGCGAGUACGUUUGUAACCAGUUAGUAAAUGGCUUGGAAGAGGGUUUGCUAUGGGAUUAUUAAUGUGCUUUUCGCGUUUCUGAA